AUGCCAAAAUACAGUGCAAAGCAACAAACAGUUGCUGCCUUAAAGAAAUCGCGUAAAAUCAGAAAAUUUGUAGCGAAGGAAAAAAAAAAGUCUGAUAAGCUGUUGAAAAAUAUUUCAGAAGUCCUUGAAGAGGAAGUUGAUGCAGAGUUGGAGAAGAUAGCUGUUGUGAAGGAUCUUGAGCAGAAUCUUCAAGCCAACAGAUACUUACACAAGGGUGGCAAUACAUUGCCAAAGCUUAAAUCAAAGGAAGAAAAACUUGCUUUCCUCGAAGACCUAGAUGCAGAUGGGUUCAAAGAAGAAAUCAGAAUGUUUAAAAGCAUGUUUAAUAAGCUGUACGAGAUAAUCAAAGACCAUUCUUUAUAUAAGUCACCGAAAGGACAUAAGCAGACUGAUGCUCAGACAGAAAUGCUGUAUCCUAUAGCAGGCUUGCAUGAAGAUCUGGUAUUGGAGGGCAGUGUCUUAAACUUCACAGUUUUUUUCUUCAAGAUAAUGCUAUCAAUGGAAAACAUGUACGUUUUUUGGCCAUCAGAACUCGAGAAGACAGCAACAAUAAUCCCAAGCAAUGAGAAACCAUUUGGAUUUCCUGAUCUUGUUGGGUUUUUGGAUGGAUACUUUGGAAGCAUGAACAAUGCCAGGGUGUUUGAAGAAUCGAUCAUGGGUAGCGAUCCCAAUAACUUCUUCUCUGGUGACCAGUAUGUUUUAGUCAAUGCUAGUUACAUUCCCAAGAUGUACGUUGUCCAUGUCAUAAAGAAGCCAAAAAACAAGGAAUUGUGUGAUGCGGACAAAGCGUUCAAUUCAUAUAUAGCAAUGACGAAGAUAAAAAUUGAGCAUGCAUUUGGGAUCCUCAAAGAAAGAUUCUUCUCUUUCAAGCGACUCCCAAUUAAGAUAAGAAGUCGAAAAGACAUGGACAUGGUCAAUUCUUGGAUCAGAGUUUGUGUUAUUCUCCAUAACUUUUUGAUUGACCAGACAGAUGACAUGAUGACAAUGACAAUGAAGAUUUCAUAG